GCCGAGUUGGCCAAAAGCAGCAGGUACGGAAUGAUGGCUAUGAUAUAAAACCAGAGAUAAUUAAAAACAAUUUAAACACAAUACUUAUGAUCCGGUUUUAUGCAGUCCUAACUCGGUGGCUGAAAUUAGGGUCGCUUCUGUGUUCAGGUGUCAUCAUGACCAAACUUAUGGAGUGGCUGUUCGGAGCCUCGGUGGUGCUGUCCGCCUGGGUGCUCGUCGCGUUCGACCCGCUGAACCUGAGCGUCCCUCACACGUACCGGGAGGUGGCCUGGCCGAUGCCGCUUUACCUGCUGGUGUUGUUCGGCUGCUUCUCUCUAGCCACGGUGGGCUACCGGGUGGCCACCUUUAACGACUGCCAGGAGGCUGCCCAGGAGCUCCAGGUCCAAAUCAAGGAGGCAAAGGAGGACCUGCGGAAGAAAGGCUUGAAGAUGUACAAUUAAUGGACAACUAUAUUAGUAUUGGGAAUCUCUCCAACAACAAAAACAAUGUGGCUGAAACGUGGACAUCUUGAGACUGACCGCAAAUGAUCAACAAAUGUAAAAAUAAAUGUACACUACAUUUUGUGAUGACCAGAUAUUUAUAUUUGUAAUAUAUCUAAUAUCUACAACACGUUUCUAUUUUAACAAUAAUGUUACAUACAUGGUAGCAGGCGUGUCCAUGUCCGGUCCUCGAAUGCCUUGUCCAUCACACCUGAAUCAAAUCAAACAUGGAAUGUACCAAAAAGAGGUUGCAAAGGGGGAGCCCCUGUACGAUAGCAUUUAGCUAAGGCACACACUUAGGGGUGCAAAACCUUUCCUCAUUAUUGUCUUUUAGUUUCUACAUUCCUUAUACUUUGAUACAGUUUAUCAUUAGUUAUCGAUUUUUGUGGCUUAUUUCUCUUAAUGUACAAAUCAUCAACAGUAUGUGCUAUUAUUGAAGAUGUGAGGUCUGGUGAUUGUAGUACCGAAACAAAUUAAUCUGGUUUGUAUGUUUUUGCAAAUAAAGUAAAAGGAAAACUGUAA